AUGUUCUUCCCGACAGCAGCAGUCGUCUUCUCCUCCCUCAUCCUCCUCGCCACCGCCAAACCGGGCGACGCCGAUGCCAGCUCCAAAGGCCUCUCCCCAAGCCUCGGACUUGAGCGCACCCUCAACCCAUCAGCCGCCAACCUCAUGUUCAAGCGCGACCUGACGAAGCGUUGCACGGGGUCGUGCGAGGAAUGUUUCGGCGAAGGGUAUACCUCGUGCCCAGGCUCCGCGAUCUACUGUUACUUGCCUGGCGACGCGUCGUACGGGCUAGACUCGUGCUCCGGCGACGGCACCUCGACCAGCGAUGACCCGGCGGGCGUGGACGACCUGUGCUACCAGACGGGCGCGACGUGCCAGAGCUGCUUUGGGGCCACGUACCUCGAAUGUGACGACGGGUACCAUUGCUACGACCCUGCCGAUCCGCUGUACGAUACCUGUCCGCCGGAGGAGAGCACCAGCUCGGGUGGAAGUUCCAGCUCGGGCGGCAGUUCCAGCGGCGGCAGCACGACGACAACGGCAUCCAGCUGUGCCGCGCAAUGGGGCGAGGGAAAUAUCCCGUGCGGCUCGGAUGCGUGCUAUAACCCUGAUAUUGGCGAGAGUUGUUGCGCAGGAGGAUACUACUGCGAAUCAGGCUACACCUGCUCCAGCAGUUCCGGCAAAUGCAGCCUCUCCGACGACUUAACCUCCACCACCAGAUCCAUCACUGCCACCUCAUCCCGGUCCACCUCCGCGACGUUGACUAACGACCUGCUCAACGCGGCUGCGACGGCGACAACCACGGGCUCAUCCGUUUCCACAUCCACGGGUGUCGGCCAGCUCAGCGACGAUAGCAGUGACGCGAAUGGUCUGGUCGUGGGACGUGGGUUGUUGGUGGUCGCGGCCGCUGGGCUGGGGGCCUUGGUGUUGUGA